AUGGACGAAGAAGUUGAGGUCAAAGCUCCUGUGACGCGACUUCGAAGAAGAAUGUCUGUGGAACAAUUUGACGAUGGAAAGUCAUCCCCUGCCCCUAGUACACCAACAAAGAAAAGAGGUGGUAGAAGGUUGGCAAAAUCAGAACUAGAUUUGAUAGAUGAAAAUGCAGUCGAAAACAAUUUAAAAAACUCAACUAGAAAAUCAGUGGUCAAAGAUAUUGUAGAUACAGUUGAAGAUAAGCCCGUAACACCGUCAAGAAGAAGUACUAGGAUUAAAUCCAACACCAGUAUUGUAUCAGAUACAGUUCAAAAUAUUGACUCACCUAGAGCUAAAAGGGCUGCAAGAAGAAUGUCUCAAGUUGGUAGUGAUAAUGAAAUGCCCCUGACUCCAGUUAGACAAACCCGCAGGACUAGGAAAGAUUCAACAUCCAAUGUUGAAAAACAAGUGGAAGCAACCUCUGCUAUCGUAAAGAAUACAACUCCAAUACCUGAAAUAAUCGUUGAAGAACCUGACAAUGUUAAUAAAACAUCAAACAAUGAAUUUAAAAACCUAGACAAUGAAGACAAAAAACAAAGUCCAGUUCGCAAGAGUCCUAGGCUAUUAAGUAAAAAAUCUAGAUCAAGUAAUUCCUCAGUGCCAGAUGAUGAAAAUAGUAGUAGUGUUGAAGGUAAUAAGAGUGAUACUCAUAAUACUUCUAGACACAAUAAUUGCAAAACAGAAAAGCCUAUUGUGUCAUUAACAGAAAAUACAGACAACACUAUUGACAGUAAAGCAGAUAUAAAAAUCUCUGACAAACACAGGCUUUCUCUUUCUAGUACAAACCUUAUUAAAGACUUAGACACAAACCCUAAGAAAAUAUUCUCACAUAUUAACAAAAGUUUAUCAGAAGCUCAGAAAUUGAACAAGGUGCAAUGUAAAAGACACAGAACUAAGUCUUGGACUGCUAUAACCACUGUUUCUGUUCCCAAUGAAGGUUUUUAUAGUGACAGUGAAAAUGUUAAGAAAAAGCAUAAAAAUAGCAUAUCUGAUGUUAUAAAAAAUAAUAUAUUAAAAGGUUCAGGUGAUAAUAGCAAACUGAAUGAAAGCAAUAUUGAUGAACUAAAUUCUUCAGAAAAUUAUGUAAAGUCUUCUAAAAGUAAGAAAAAGAAAGAAAGUGAUACAUUUUUAAAACAAACACCUAAUAAAUUUAACUCUAAUGAAGAAGCAAAUAAUCUAACCAGCAACCAUAAUGUAGAAAAUGUUGGUCAAAUAACAAAUUUAUUUCAAAAAGAUCCAAGUAGCAAUAUUCGGACUUUAAUAGUGAUGGAAGAUUCAGAUUCUAAUUCUAUACAAAUUAACAUUCAAGAAAACAAUGAAGAUCAAUGUGUUCCAGUUGUUGUUGAUCAAUUAGAAAACAGAAAUGAUACAAAAACAGAUUAUAUUUUAUCUAAAUCCUUUCAAAAUAAAAAAGAAGAUUUUAAAGAUGCCAAUGAUGUUGUUACAAAUGACACCUGUGAACCAAUGGAUGUAGAUGUAACAUUACCAGACAUCCUACAAAAUAAGAAAUCAGAAAUGGAGUCAAAGUUAGUAUUAAAUAGUUCAAUAGAUUCGAAUUCUAAUAAUACUAGAAGAAAAUCCUCUGAUCUUUCAACAUCUCAAAAUCAAGAGAAAAGUGAUAGUGAAAAUAAAAGUACCUGUAUAUUUUCGCAAUUAAAAGAUAUAUCUAGCACUGACAACAACACUUCAAAGUCACCCCAAAUUUCUAAUAAUAAACGCUUGUCGAAAUUAAGCAAUAUUUUAGACAACACACAAGAAGAUACAAAGGUAAACAAAAAUCUAUCCCUUAACUAUUUAACAAGCACUCCUCUUCAACAGAAGACUGGUACAAGUGAUCAAGGUAACAAUAAAUCAAAGCAUAUAUUUGAUAGUAACAUAUCAAAAGAAAAGGUUAAAAUAACUACUAAAAAAGAUGUGUCUGGGCAUCCUGCCACAGAAGAUUCCAUUUCAGAAAAAGAAUCUACAUCUAGUGAAAACAAUUUAAUUGAUAAUGAAGCUGAAGAAGCAAGUAAUGACUAUGAAUCUGGGGAUAGCCAAGAUGAUGAGGAAAGGCAAUACCAAAUAGAUAACGAAAUUUUAGAAAAAGGAGAAACAUUAACAUCUGAAGAUGAAUUGACUAAUGAUUCCGAUUAUGAGAAAGAUUCGUUUAUAGUUAGUUCUGAUGAAGAAGACAAUGAAUUGCUCAGUGGGUCUGGUGACGAUUUAUCCAUGAGCGACAAAGAACUCAAAAUGACUACAAAAUCAAAGAAAAAAUAUAACAAGCGAAAAUUAAAAGAGCAAAAACAAGCAUCAAGAGAAAUGUUUGAAGCACGCCACAAGUUAAGCCUUUCAAGCAGUAGUAAAAGUUCUAAAUUAAAAAAGAAUAUCCUCCGUCAGAGAUUAGAAUCUUCACAAUCUGAAGACGACAUCGUAGGUUCGAAAAAAAAUAAAAGAAACAGAUUGAAUUCUACAGCUAAUGAUCAUGCAAUUAAAUUUGAUACAGACAAUUCUAUUACCCAAAAGAAAAAGAAGAAAAGAGGUUUAUCAGAAUCUUUGUGUAACGAAACUUUAUUAGUGGAAAAAGAGAUAACAGUUUGUGAAGAAACAAUAAAUAAUGUAACUGAUCCAUUAGGAACACAAAUUAAAUCCGAACCAAAUACUCCAGCAAAAGAAUCUAACAACUCUGUUGGAUUUAUUAACACUGACAUAAUAAAAGGCACGCCUUGUGAGAAAAGUACUUCCGAUUUACUUAAACUCAAAGAUCCUUUAGAAGAUUCUGAUGACAGCAGCUCCAAUUUAAGUAGCGCUGAAGAAAAUAUCGCACAGAAUUACGAUAAAAUGCUCAAUGAAUUAAAGAUAAAAUCUGGUAAUCAAUCAUUAAAUAUGGAUGAAAAAUAUACAAUCAAAUCAAAUCCAAAAAUUCCUAUUGUUGAAAAUCUUAAUUUAACACAGUCUAAAAAGUCAAAAAAUAAAUCAUCUCAAAGUGGUGAUACCUUGAAUACUAACAGACAGAGCACUAGCAAAAUGGUAAAUGUAAAAAGUACUGAUGAACUCUGCCCAAAAGCAAAACCAUCGGACAAAUUAAAACAAAAAUCUUUAGAAAAUGAUUGUUCACCAAUAAAACAGAAUAAUAUUAUUGUUGAAAAGUCAAAGUUGGGUAAUGUUUCCUUGAAUUCAGACAAGAAAACUAAAACAGCAUGUAAACAGUCCAUCAUGGAUCAACUUAAUAUAACACAAAUAAAAAAGAAACUAAUAAGUAGUGACAGAAAAAAGAACAUGUCUGAUAGAUCAAAGGCAAUAGAAAAUUCUGAUUCUGAUGAUUCUUCGGAUUCAAUUGAUUUGAAGUUGCUCUUCUCUGAAGACAGUACUAAUAGUGGAGAUUUAAAUAAAGAAAGUAGAAGAAAAUCUGGAGAAAGCUUAGAAGAUUUCAUUCCACUAAAAAAAUCUCAAGCAAAAACAGAUAUCCGAGCUAGAGAAGAUACAGAUAGUAAAGCUACCAUGAACAACAAAUUGUUUCUAGAUGAAAAUGUUUUAAAGACUAAAAAACCAAAAGCUCUUCCAGAAAAUGAAGAGGGUUGUAGCAAUGAAAAGGGAGAAGAGACACCAUUUUUUGUGGAUACCUUUGGAACUCAUACCAAUUCCGAUUCAUCUGCUAAUGAAGAUAAUGAAGCAAAAAUAAAGAUGCACAAUACUUCUCAUGCAAAUAAUGCUUCAAGUACUGAGGAUUCUGAAGAUGAUGAUGCACCUCUUGAAAUGUCAUGUAUAAAGGAAAAGAGUACCAUCAAGGAAGACAACCUUAGUAAACGAGAAGAAGUCAAUAAUUUUGAUGAAUCAGGUAAUGCAGCCAAAAAGUCUAAAGCAAACACAUCUGAGAGUAAAAUUAAAAAAGUAAAGAAGAUGUCACCGUCUCACAACCUAUCACAACAUGAAAAAACUAUUGAUAAAUCCCUGACUAAAACUCCUGAGACUGUCGGUAAGAAAAAGAAAAUGUCGGGAUCAUUUAAUGUUUCGAAUUUGGAAUCUAUUUUCUCAUUGGUCCAAGAAAACUCAAGUUCAAAUGAUGAGUCAAUUAAUAAAACACUUAGCAGUGAAAUAAAGAAAAUCAAAAAGCUAUCUGACUCUAAUGUUUCUGAUUGUGAAGAGGUUUCCGCAUUAGUUGUAACAAACACCAAAAAGAUAAUUAAUAAAUCAGUAACUAAAACCCCAAAAAGUGAAAAGAAGAAAAAGAGUAGAUUAUCGGAAUCACUUAACAAAUUUGAUGAAAAUUUCUCAGAAGCUAAUAAUACAAAAGAAGAUUUGUUUGGAAAAGAUCAAAUAGAUACAAAAUCAGGGAAAGUUAAAAGUAAAAAUGAUCCUAGUGAUGCAUGCUCAAAAAAACGCAAAAGGAAAUCAUCCGUCAACCCUACGUUAGAAGUAUCUUUAGAAGAUAAAUCAUUCGAUGACAAUUCAAAAAUUACCAAUAAAUCUGUACUCAGCCAAAAUAAGAAGCGAAAGAUAUCGCAAAACUCCGAAGAUUCUAAUGAACACAGUCAAGAUAUUGAGAAAACUAAUAUAAGUGAAAUGGCCCAAAAUACAUCUAUAACAAUUAAAAAGGAAGCCAAACAAGACGUAGAUGGAAGUAAUGUCAAUGAUAUACUUGAUUCGUCAAAAAUUCUGAAUGAGCCAGGGAGGUCAAAUAAAUCAAAGAAAAAGAUCAGAAACUCUAAGACUGAAAAUCAACUAAAAGAUUCAGGAACCGAACAACGUGUAAACACUGAAUCGUGCAAACAAAAUAUUCCUCAUCGUGGACAAAGUAAGAAUCAAGAUGUUUCAGAAUCAGUUAAUCCUAAAUUAAAAAUUAAUAGAAACAAAAAACGGAAACACAGAGACGAUGAUGACGAUGCAAACAAGGCAUUGAAGGUGCUUAAGGAAAAUUCAUUAGACCAGAUCCACAUACCUCGACUACCGCAUUCUCUCCUUAAUCUUUUGGAAGAUAAACCUAAUAAAGAAAUUUUGACCGCAAAGAAGCACAAACCUAUCUCCACAACAGAAUUCGUAGUAGAAGAAACAAUGAAAAGAAAAAAUAAACCAUCGAAUUACUUAGAAGAAAGUGUAUACAUAAAUGAUUAUGAUUCUCCAGAGGCGAAACAACAAAGGGCCAUUCUAAAAAAACCCAAAGUCCUGCCUUUUAUUCCUACUGCUUCAACUUCAAACAGUGGUUUUACAACCAAUUUUAAAGUCAAUAUCGUAUCUCAGGAAAUAAAAUUUGUUGCUCAAUCAAAUAAUGUUACCAGUUUUAAGAAUGAUUACUUGUAUAGCCAAAAAAUUAAAAGAUUAGGAACUUAUGAUUUAUACAAAAGAAAUAGAAACAUAAAGAUAUCUAAAUUUUAA